AGUAUCAGUAACAGAGUUUGAUGCCAUAAACCUAAAACCCUAAAUCUCACACACCAUGAGUUGGAGAACCUUCGCUUCCACUUCGACUCGCACAAUCAAAAAACUCAAUGCACUCUUACGAUCCCCUCCCCCUCCUCCGCGCCUCCCACGCGCCUCCUCUCACGCGCCAUUCGCCACGCGCCUCCUCCAUUCCGCAACACCCACCACCGCCCUCGUCGACCCCAAACGGCGCGCUCCGCGAAACGACGGCGCCGCCGCCGCCGACGACGACGGCGACGACACGACGAGCGAGUUUCUCUCGCGUUUCGUGUGGGUAAUGCGGAAGAAGGUGAAGGAGGUGCACCCGGACUCCGACAAGGCCACCGUCGACGGCAUGCUGGUGGCGAUCGUGCAGAGGGUCACGGCGGAGAUGGAAAGGGGCGGCGGCGAAACGGCGUCGUUUGGGGAUUUCAGCGAGGAUUUGUGGAGAACGGUGUGGGAGGUGAGCAACGAGGUGUUGGAGGACAUGAACAAGGAGAGGAAGAAGGAGAAGAUGAAGGGUUUCUUGCAGUGCGAGGAGGUUAAGGAAAUGUGCCGAUUCGCCGGAGAAGUUGGCAUUCGCGGCGAUUUGCUCAGGGAGCUUAGGUUCAAGUGGGCACGUGAGAAAAUGGAGGAGCACGAAUUCUACGAGGGUUUGGAGAAAAUAAGGAAAGAGGCGCAACCUGAGAGUGAGAACAAUGAAUUUGAUGUUAGUGAGGAGAAGGAAAAGGUUGUUGUUGGGCUUCCCAAGAGGAGGGGGAAGAUAAGGUACAAUAUUUAUGGGCUUGAUCUGUCUGAUCCCAAGUGGGCACAGGUGGCUGAUAGGAUCCAUGAGGCAGAGCAAGUGUUUUGGCCUCAGGAGCCGAAGCCAAUUACUGGAAAAGCGAAGAUCGUUACCACGAAGAUUCUGUCGUUGAAGGAGGAAGAGGAGAGUGGUUUGCAAAGCCUGUUGGCUGAGUGGGUGGAGCUUGUGCAACCUAGCAGGGUGGAGUGGAUGGAUUUGCUUCACAAAAUGAAAGAACAGAAUCCUGCUUUGUAUUUGAAGGUGGCUGAAAUGGUAUUGACUGAAGAUUCUUUCCAAACAAAUGUAUCUGACUACUUUAGGCUUAUUGACAUCUAUGCUAAAGAGAACUACUUUGAUGAUGUUGAGAGAAUCCUUAAGAAGAUGAAUGAAAAUGGUUUACAACCAGAUGCCUCAACAGCCAGUACACUGGUCCACAUGUACUGCAAGGGAGGCAAUCUUGCACGAGCAAAUGAAGCAUUUGAAGUUUUGAGGAGCCGGGGCUUCCAACCAGAUAUACAAGUCUACAACUCAAUGAUCAUGGCCUUUGUAAAUAACGGCCAGCCUAAGUUGGGCGAGAAAUUGAUGAGGGAGAUGGAGACGAAAGAUAUUAAAACCACAAAGGAAAUAUACAUGGCAUUGCUCCGUUCUUUUUCUCAACUUGGUGAUACUCAAGGAGCCGAAAGAAUUUCAACAACUAUGCAGUUUGCUGGAAUUCAGCAAAGUAUGGAGACAUGCACUCUGCUUAUCGAGGCACAUGCACUUGCAGGUGACCCUGAUCAGGCAAGAAGCCAUUUUGACUACAUGAUGAAGUUUGGGCAUAAGCCUGAUGAUAGGUGCACUGCUAGCAUGAUUGCAGCUUAUGAGAAGAAAAACUACUUGGACAAUGCAUUAAAUAUUCUAUUGGAGUUAGAGAAGGAUGGGUUUGAGCCUGGGGUUGCCACUUAUUCUGUUCUUGUGGACUGGUUGGGUAAGUUGCAGCUUGUUGAUGAGGCUGAACAGCUUUUAGGCAAAAUAGCUCUGCUGGGUGAGGCUCCCCCCUUCAAGCUUCAAGUGAGUCUAUGUGAUAUGUAUGCUAGGGCUAGAAAUGAAAAAAAGGCUCUUCAAGCUCUAGGCGUUCUGGAAGCUAGGAAGGAUGAAUUGGGACCAGCUGAGUUUGAGAGAAUUAUAAGUGGCCUUAUUGAUGGUGGGUUUCAGAAGGAUGCACAAAGAAUAUGUCGAAUUAUGGAGGCACAGGGUUUUGAUGCAUCAAGGGUUAAGGUUAACCUAAUGAAACCUAUCUCCAGAGCACCUAGUAUGAGAUAGUUUAGUGGUCACGAGUAGGGCCAUUUUAGUCUUUCUCUGCCAAGUGACCAACAAAUGCACUGCCUUAUUAAAGGAAGCAUGGUCUGCUGGAUUUAUCAUACCAUGUUACAAAUAAGGGAGUUUAUGCUUGUUUAGUUAGUUUUUCAAUUGUAACGUUUAUCAAUUUUCCAUGGUUACAGCUUUUUGCCAGUGCUCAGAUUACUGAUUUUUAUCCCUCAUUUUUUUUUUUCCUUUUGAAUUUUAGUGUUUGUACAUAGAAUAUCUUUGGUGGCAUGUUUAUGGCAUUUACUUUUUCAUACAUACAA